UUGAAAAUAAAUACAUCUGAAAUUAUAAGGUAAUAUGCCGUGUUGAUUGUAUUUGACAAAAGAAGGCUAUUAGGACGUGGUAGGUUCGGACCUUUCUUGGAAGGAAUUUUUAGUAACUGGACCUUGUUCAAUUUUAAUUGAAGACCCCUGGUCUAUACUUUCAACAUAAAGUCUACAUAUUUAUAAUUCGAAAUUCGUCCCAGCCUUUAUACCACAGAUACUCUAGGGCAGGGGUCUUCAAUGCUCGAGCACUCAGCUCGGAUAUUUUCCACGCUCUUACUUCUGGGGAUACUUAUCCUCGAAGGAUCUGUGUUUGGAUUCGUAAUGCCGCUUAAUAUUCACGCUUUUUAUCAGCGCCACGGUUUCAACACAUAAAAGACACAACAAAGGUUUUGUACUGCCUUGCGGGAGAAUGAACAUGUAUUGGUCAGUCCAUUCAUCUUUAAAAUGUCUGUUUUCGGGGUCAAAUUUCCUUAUUUUCGAGCAAGCCAUUUUCUCAUUCCAAAUUUGAUUAGCUAUUAUUUGAGUGACGCUAUAACGCACUAGGGGUGUGCCAAAAUAUCGAUACUACGACAUAUCGCGAUAUUUCGUCUUGCGGGACGUUAUCGAUAUGCUGACGCCAAAUAUCGAUAUUUAAACAAUAAACAUACAGCCGUUCUAAACAGAUUCUCUCACAAAAAUCCGCUACAGAUUUAAUAUACAGAGUCACUACUUCAAGACCCCACAUGAGGCGCUCAUGAAUUAGAGUGAAAGCCGCAGUCAGUGAAAAACAAAGAAGAAGAGGGAGACGCAUACGGAGGAAUGGCGCAAAGCGGGGGAUUCGAAAACGGGAACAGACCAAAGCCGGUGAAAGAUGCACCGUCGACUUUCAAAUCAAAAGUCUGGGCCCACUUCGGCUUUUACCAGACUGACAGUGCAACGCUCGAUAAAGAGUUCGCAAUCUGCAAGAACUGCCUCGCUAAGGUCAAGUACACUGGCAACACAACGAACAUGCACAGCCAUCUUGUCCGUCAUCAUCCCGAGCUUGCCGCGGAGGAGAGGAAUGCUUCUGUAAGCCAGCCUACAAUCAACACUGCAUUUAAAGCAAAGCUUCCUUCUGGGUCCCCCAGGGCUGCAAGUAUUACAAAGUCCAUUGCUUGCUUCAUUUGUAAAGAUCUCAGACCAUACAGGGUAGUUGAAAAUGAAGGUUUCCGCCGAAUGUUAAAUACACUGGAACCAAGAUAUGACAUACCCUGUAGGAAAUACUUCACUGAAAAAGCAAUUCCCGCUUUGUAUACAGAGACGAAAGCACAUGUGGAAAACGCACUUCAGUCUGCUGAGAGAGUUGCACUUACAUGCGACGCGUGGACGUCCAGGGCCACAGAAUCAUUUGUGACAUUCACUGUUCAUUUUCUUCUGGAGUGGGAACUGCGGUCCUAUGUUCUCCAGACCCAGGCGAUGUCCGAGUCGCACACCGGUGCCAACAUGGCAGAAGUCAUACGGAAGGCUACGGAAGAGUGGAAGCUCACGGGGAAAGACCCGGCGGUUGUCACUGACAACGCAUCUAAUAUGACUGUUGCUGUUGAGCUAACUGGAUACCAACACGUUCGGUGUUUUGCACACGUGCUUAACCUUGCUGCACAGCACGCACUGAAAGUGCCAGCUGUUGCUCGACUGACCGGGAGAGUCCGCAGGAUUUCGACGUUUUUUCACAGAAGCACUACAGCCGCCGAUGCACUGAAGAGAAACCAAAGGAUGCUUGCACUGCCACAUCACAAGCUGAUCACAGACGUUGCUGUACGGUGGAACAGCGCUUAUGAGAUGCUGGCCAGGUUCCUUGAGCAGCAGCCUGCCGUCUGUGCUGCCCUCUUAUCUCCUGAGGUAAGAAAGAGCACUAGUGACAUCUGCACCCUGACUGAGACCGACAUCUCAAAUGCCGAACAGGUUGUGCAAGCCCUCAAGCCAAUGCUGGUGGCAACAAAAAUCAUGUGCGAGGAGAAGAGCCCAACAAUCUCCAUAAUUGCUCCGCUCCUUGCCCAGCUUUUGAGUGACACCACUGCCACCAUUGAAGAUUCCUCUCUCGUUAGAGAGAUCAAGACCGCCAUCCUCCGAGACCUGUCCAGGCGCUAUGACUCUAUGGAGGAGAAAAAGUUCCUGCGCAUCUCGUCAGCCUUAGACCCCAGGUUUAAGUCUCUGCAGUUCCUAUUGCCACAAGACGCCCAGGACACAAACACCAAAUUAAUGGAAAUGGCUGCUGCUCUCAAGGAAGAUGAUGCAGACAUGGAUCGGUUCAAGUGA